ACCAGACAAGACACAGAGACAGCAACAGACUAUGAUAUGAUGGAGAGAGACACCAGACAAGACACAGAGACAGCAACAGACGACACAGAGAAAGUAAUGGAGAGAGACAGAAGAAUAGAGUUCCAGACAGUUGUAGAAUGUAUUCCAAGACACAUUGUAAGAGCUAUAAAGAGAGAGGGAGAGAGAACAGGCAGAACCUGAUAUGUAAAUGAGCAGAGCAAAUGAAACUAACUUUUGACGACCCGAUGAUCAUCCAGACUCUGUUUCUAUUGAGAGAUAAAAGGGGUCAGUUCUCUAAAAUGAGUCUCUCUGGGGAGAGAGAGGAGGGGGGCCCUGCCUCUAAAAUGAGUCUCUCUGAGGAGAGAGAGGAGGGGGGCCCUGCCUCUAAAAUGAGUCUCUCUGGGGAGAGAGAGGAGGGAAGCCCUGCCUCUAAAAUGAGUCUCUCUGGGGAGAGAGAGGAGGGGGGCCCUGCCUCUAAAAUGAGUCUCUCUGAGGAGAGAGAGGAGGGGGGCCCUGCCUCUAAAAUGAGUCUCUCUGGGGAGAGAGAGGAGGGAAGCCCUGCCUCUAAAAUGAGUCUCUCUGGGGAGAGAGAGGAGGGGGGCCCUGCCUCUAAAAUGAGACUGUCUGUGGAACAUGACAUCAAACCUAAGAGACCAAUCCAGCAGGAGAGACCAGCCUCCCCUGUUCCCAGCUGUGUGUCCAUGAAGAGUGACCGGUCUAUGCGUCUACCUAUAGAGUUUAGAGAGGGAGACUUUUCUACUGAACAAAGACCAAUCCAGCAGGAGAGACCAGCCUCCCCUGUUCCCAGCUGUGUGUCCAUGAAGAGUGACUGGUCUAUGGGUCUACCUAUAGAGUUUAGAGAGGGAGACUUUUCUACUGAACAAAGAAACCAACAGGAGAGAUCAGAGUCAGAGAUUCUCAGUGGUCAGUCUUCCCAGAGUCAUCAAACAGACCUGGCCUCCAUAUUCAGUAUGCUUGAAGAGAAAAUUAUGACAUUUGUGAAGAACGAGCUGAAGACGUUCAAGAGGAUUCUUAGUCCAGAACUCCCAGAAGGCUUUGAGAGUCAGAAGCAGCAUAAGGAAGUGGUGGAUGCUGAAGAUGAGAAGCAGGAGAGCAGUGCCAGAGAGGGGGCUCUGAAGAUCACACUGCACGUCCUGAGGAAAAUGAACCAGAAGGAGCUUGCUGACACACUGGAGAAAUAUGAGUUUGCUGUGAUUUGCCAACGUGAACUCAAAUCUAAUCUAAAGAAGAAGUUUCAAUGUGUAUUUGAGGGGAUCGCUAAACAAGGAAACCCAACACUUCUCAAUAAGAUCUACACAGAGCUCUACAUCACAGAGGGUGGAACAGGAGAGGUCAAUAAUGAACAUGAGCUGAGACAGAUUGAGACAACAACCAGGAAACAAGCAAGACCAGAGACUGCAAUCAAAUGUAAUGACAUCUUCAAGCCCUUAACUGGACAAGACAAACCUAUCAGAACUGUGCUGACAAAGGGAGUCGCUGGCAUUGGAAAAACAGUCUCUGUGCAGAAGUUCAUUCUGGACUGGGCUGAAGGAAAAGCAAAUCAGGAUGUCCAAUUUGUAUUUUCAUUCCCUUUUCGGGAGCUGAAUUUGAUGAAAGAGGACAAACACACUUUCAUUGAACUUCUCAAACACUUCUCAAUGGAAACCAAACAAUCAGGAAUCUCCAACUACAACAAGUACAAAGUUCUGUUCAUCUUUGACGGUCUGGAUGAGUGCCGACUGCCCCUAGACUUCCAGAAGAACAAGAUCUGUUGGGACGUCACAGAGUCAACCUCAGUGGAUGUUCUGCUGACAAAUCUCAUCAAGGGAAAUCUGCUUCCCUCUGCUCUCCUCUGGAUAACUACCCGACCUGCAGCAGCCAAUAAGAUCCCUUCAGGGUGUGUUGACCAGGUGACAGAGGUACGAGGGUUCAAUGACCCACAGAAGGAGGAGUACUUCAGGAAGAGAUUCAGUGAUGAGGACCUGGCCAGCAGAAUCAUCUCACACAUAAAGACAUCAAGGAGCCUCCACAUCAUGUGCCACAUUCCAGUCUUCUGUUGGAUUUCUGCAACAGUCCUUGAACACAUGCUGGAACAUAAGAGAGAAGAGAUUCCCAAGACUCUGACUGAGAUGUACACACACCUUGUGGUGUUUCACACCAAACAGAAGAAUGAAAAGUAUCUUGGGAAAGAAGAGACAGAUCCACACUGGAAUAAAGAGAGCAUUCUGUCACUGGGAAAACUGGCUUUUCAACAGCUUGUGAAGGGCAAUCUGAUUUUCUAUGAAGAAGACCUGAAAGAGUCUGGCAUUGAUGUCAAUGAAGCCUCAGUGUACUCAGGAUUGUGCACACAGCUCUUUAAAGAGGAAUGUGGGCUGUACCAGGACAAGGUGUACUGCUUUGUUCAUCUGAGCAUUCAGGAGUUUCUGGCUGCUGUAUAUGUGUUCCUCUCAUUCAUCAACAACAAUGAGAAUCUAAUGGACGAACUGAAAACAACGUCCAGGAACCUUUCUGUGAGGAUCAAACAAAGGCGUAAAGUUGCUUUCUACAGGAGUGCUGUGGAUAAAGCCUUACAAAGUGAGACGGGAAACCUGGACCUUUUCCUCCGCUUCCUUCUGGGCCUCUCACUGGAGUCCAAUCAGAAGCACUUACGAGGUCUCCUGACAAAGACAAGAAGCAGCUCACAGAGCCAUGAAGAAACAGUCAAGUACAUCAAGGAGAAGAUCAGGGAGAAUCUCUCUCCAGAGAGGAGCAUCAAUCUGUUCCACUGUCUGAAUGAACUGAAUGACCAUUCUCUAGUGGAGGAGAUCCAAAGAUACCUGAGAUCAGGAAGUCUCUCAAAACCCAACCUGUCACCUGCACAGUGGUCAGCUCUGGUCUUUGUGUUGCUGACUUCAGAAAAGGAGCUGGAUGUGUUUGACCUGAAGAAAUACUCCAGAUCAGAGGAAGGUCUUCUGAGGCUGCUGCCAGUGGUCAAAGCCUCCAGAGCUGUUCUGCUGUCAGGCUGUGGAGUCACAGAGGAAGGCUGUGCUUCUCUGGUCUCAGCUCUGGAGUCAAACCCCUCACACCUGAGAGAGCUGGAUCUGAGUAACAACGACCUGAAGGAUUCAGGAGUGAAGCUGCUCUCUGCUGGACUGGAGAAUCCCCACUGUAAACUGGAGACUCUGAGGUCACUUUGCAGGCUGUCAGGCUGUCUAGUCACAGAGGAAGGCUGUGCUUCUCUGGUCUCAGCUCUGAGGUCAAACCCCUCACACCUGAGAGAGCUGGACCUGAGAAACAAUGACCUGAAGGAUUCAGGAGUGAAGCUGCUCUCUGCUGGACUGGGGAAUCCCCACUGUAAACUGGAGACUCUGAGGCUGUCAGGCUGUCUAGUCACAGAGGAAGGCUGUGCUUCUCUGGUCUCAGCUCUGAGGUCAAACCCCUCACACCUGAGAGAGCUGGACCUGAGCUACAAUCACCCAGGAGACUCAGGAGUCAGACUGCUCUCUGCUGGACUGGAGGAUCCACACUGCAGACUGGAGAAACUCAAUGUGGAACAUGGUGGAGAGAACACAAUGAAACCUGGACUUAGAAAAUAUGUCUGUGAUCUCACACUGGACCCAAACACAGUAAACAGACACCUCUCUCUGUCUGAGGAGAACAGAAAGGUGACAUGUAGGACAGAGGAGCAGCCGUAUCCUGAUCACCCAGAGAGAUUUGAGGUCUGUGGACAGGUGCUGUGUAGAGAGGGUCUGACUGGGCGCUGUUACUGGGAGGUAGAGUGGAGUGGGAGAGAGGCUGCUAUAGGAGUGACAUAUAAAGGAAUCAACAGGAGAGGAAGGGUUAAUGACCUAGUAGGGGGUGAUGACUGUUGGCUUGGAGCCAAUGACAAGUCCUGGAGUCUGUUCUGCUCUGACAACAGUUACACUGCCUAUCACAAUUAUAAUCCCACUACCAUAGUCGUCCCCCCCUCCAGCCCCCACAGAGUAGGAGUGUAUCUGGACUGGCCCGCCGGCACUCUGUCCUUCUAUAGAGCCUCCUCUGACACACUGACCCACCUGAUCACAUUCACCUUCACAUUCACUGAGCCCCUCUAUCCAGGGAUUGGGGUUUAUUAUGACUCCUCAGUGUCCCUGUGUAAAAACUUUUUUUUUAAAUAAUGAAAUAAUAACACAAACACACUGGACACACACACACACACUGGACACACACACACACACUGGACACACACACACACACACUGGACACACACACACACACACUGGACACACACACACACACUGGACACACACACACACACACUGGACACACACACACACACACUGGACACACACACACACACUGGACACACACACACACACUGGACACACACACACACACUGGACACACACACACACACUGGACACACACACACACACACUGGACACACACACUGGACACACUGGACACACACACACACACUGGACACACACACACACUGGACACACACACACACUGGACACACACACACUGGACACACUUAUGGAUACAAGUAUCCUGUGUUCUAUUCUCUCCUUCUCUCCUCACAGGUGAAAAUCAUCAUUCCCCAAUCAGUCAACAAUCAUCAAUCAGAAGACACACCUCCUCCUAUUUCCUGACCUAUCACAGUUCCUUCCCCAUGGUUUAAAAACCCUGUCAGUUGUUUGUUCUAGAGCUCAGCUCAGCUCAGCUCAAUCUCUCUGUAAAUGCCAUGUCUGUAGGUCUCUGUGUUUCACUCUCUGUGUAUUAACCUCUCUUUUGUUUGAGCACCUCAUAGCACUUUGUCCUCACCUGUGAGUAUUGUUUUGGUUAUGGUGUUUGUUUGAUUGCUGGUGGAAAAGGGGAAACCAAGACAAGUCGCCCAUGGGCAUACACUACCCGUAGGUGAACUUUGUUAAAUACACUAGUUAGAACUGGGCGGACCACCCACUGUAUUUUGGUUAGUUAGCUGUUGUUAAAGUAGGCUAAUCUAGUUUAGGGGUGUUUUUGAAUACUUAUUGUUUCUUUCCUUGGGUCCAGCUCAACCCCUUUUCCUGCUCCCCCCAUUACCGUGUGUUUUACAAUAAACCUUGAGUUUGACGGUA